GAAAGCAAAAAAAGAAGAAAAAAUGGGAAACAAAGUGAUCAGGUUUGUGGUUUUGAUGCUGGUGAUGUGCUAUGGAGUUUCAAUGACGGUGGGGUACACUGGUGACCAGGAUGAGGGUUGGAGGACAGGGACGACGGAGGACAAAGAAGAUUGGAAGGAGGAGCAGGAAAGCGGUGGGAGAAGGAGGUGGCCGGAGAAGAAGGAGGAGGAGCAAUAUCCGGAAUGGGGAGGAGUAGAAUCGAGAGAAGAUAGGUUUUUGCUGCCAGAAGCAAAGCAUGUAGUGAAAACUGCAGCAGGAGAGAUGAGAGUGGUGAUGGGUGCGCUUGGUAGGGCUGUAUAUAAGCCCAUGCAUAUUGGGUUUAUUACCAUGGAGCCUAAGUCCCUCUUUAUUCCUCAGUAUCUCGACUCCAAUCUCAUCCUCUUCGUCUGCAGAGGAGAAGUAAAGGUGGGGUUGAUCUACAAAGAUGAAUUGGGAGAGAGGAUAUUGAAGGCAGGGGAUGUGUAUAUAAUUCCAGCUGGGUCUCCAUUUUACUUGGUGAAUACUGGGGAGGGCCAGAGGGUUCACAUCAUUUGCAGCAUCGACAUUUCUGAGAGUUUGGGAAUGGGUUUGCAGUCUUUCUUCAUUGGCGGAGGAAGCAACCCGCAGUCUGUUAUUGCUGGAUUUGACCAUGAAGUACUUGCAAAUGCCUUCAAUGUCACGUCAUCAGAACUAAGCGAAAUGUUCACAAGUCAACAACAAGGUCCGAUUGUCUUUGUGCCCGAAUCUCAUUCGCCAAGCGUCUGGUCGAAAUUCCUCCGGCUAAAACAGCAAGACAGACUUCAAGAAAUGAAGAGUACGUUUGACAUCCAACAAGAAGAUCAUCACCAAGGCAAAUCAGAAACAUGGUCAUGGAGGAAGCUCUUGAACUCGGUGUUUGGCGCUGAUUCGAAUGAAAACAAGAGGCGAGAUGACUACGACAAGAAGAGGCGAGAUGACUACGACAAGAAGAGGCGAGGUGACUACGACAAGGGCAAGGGAAGAGGAAAAUCACCGGACUCUUACAAUCUCUACGACAAAAAACCCGACUUCAGAAACGACUACGGAUGGAGCAUGCAGCUCGAUCAUUCUGAUUACUCACCGUUGGAACACUCUGGAAUUGGCGUUUACCUUGUCAACCUCACUGCCGGUUCAAUGAUGGCACCACAUGUGAAUCCCAGAGCGACAGAAUACGGCAUAGUGUUGAGAGGCUCCGGAACGCUACAGAUUGUGUUCCCAAAUGGGACACAAGCCAUAAAUGCCAAGAUACAAGAAGGUGAUGUGUUUUGGGUGCCGAGGUACUUCGCAUUCUGUCAAAUCGCGUCAAGAACCGGACCACUUGAGUUCUUCGGAUUCACAACUUCCGCUCGGAAGAACAGGCCUCAGUUUUUGGUCGGUGCAGCAUCCGUUCUUCAGGAGCUCAAAGGACCCGAGCUUGCAGCUGCUUUCAGCGUGAGCGAGGACCGGUUGAGAAAGUUUAUUGAUGCUCAGCGUGAGGCAGUGAUCUUGCCUACGGCACAAGCAGCACCUCCGUACAAGGAAGAGAGGAAGCCACCGAAGGAGGAAGAGGAAGAGAGGAAGCAGCAGCAGCCGGAGGAAGGCGAGAGAAGAGAGGGCGAGAGAAGGGGGGAUGCGGGAAGGGGCGAGGGAAGAAGGGAGGAUGACAGAGGGGAUAAGGGGAGGUUUGAGAGGGUGCCGGAGGUGAUCAAGAGUAUUGGGAAUGACAUGGUUAUGGGAUUUGAUUAAGAGAGUCUCACAGGUGAAUAAAGAGUGGCCUUGUGGAGUUUUUAUUUUUCGAGGUUAUUUAGGAGCUUUUUGUUCAUGUUUUUAGCUUUUGUACUUGGUCUUGUCUUUCUUCUUUUGGUUAAAAUUUGUAGUUAUGUUACGUUUGUGAAUGACUUGCUCGCGAAUAAGAAAUGUACUACCUUUUGUUUUUGUUUGGUGGCUAUCGGAAUUGCUUGUUUUACAAC